AUGCAGGGGAACCUUUGGGGUAUUUUCUUCGAUUUGGAAGAGGAUUGCCAAUUGGUCUUGAGAAGAAGACCAAGGAUAGUGAGCAACCAACUCCUGAACAUCAGAGAAUGGCCAGAAGAUGGAGACUGGCAGAACGUAGACAUGGACAAGGUAGUCUUCUGGGUUCAAGCCCAUGGACUAUCAACACCUUAUUUGAAUUGGGAAAAUGCUCCAACAAUUGCUAACAAAAUAGGAGAUUAUCUGGAUACAGAUCGAGCUUCAAGAUUAGAGGCCUUUAGACGUGGUUAUCUGAAGAUUAAGGUGAAUAUUGUUGUCUCUCACCACCUUCCUGCAUGGUUUUUCUUGAAGAUUGCAAUAGGGAGGAAAGAAUGGAUUCAGUUCAAGCACAACAAAUUGCCAAUGGUGUGUUACAACUGUGGAAGGAUAGCCCAUGAUUUCAAGAACUGUAUGCAACCUAAAGCUUUUGUUUAUUCUCUUAUUGGUAAGGUUGUACCCAUGAAUGGGCCUUGGAUAAAGUCAGAGGUGCCUAUGUAA